AUGGAGAAGAAGAACACCGAAAACAACCCGACCAAUCUGUGGAACCGUAGAGCGAAGUUGGUGCUAUCCCUCCCGCCCUCAUGCGCCAUUGCUAACUGAGCACGCGACCAUAGCACCCACAGCAGCGGCAAGCUCUCCCUUUCCACCACCAGGUCCGACCGCAACGAUAGCCACGACACUCCCUCAAACCGACGAGUUGGCAGCCUAAGCAGUCACGGAAACCGCAAUCCGUUCAACAAUUCUUCAGGCGACCUUGCCUCGCCAAAAGCCACAAGCGCCGGGGCCGCUUCCUUUGGCUUAGGAAGUGGAGCGUUUGGGUUUGGUGGUGCGAGUAAGACUCCAAAGACCCCGGGUGCAUCGUUCGACUUGGGAAAGACGAGCAGCGAUAGGAAAGAGUCGUCAGACGAUUCCAAGGACAGCAAGCGACCACCUGCGCGAAAGUCGCAAGCCUCACUCCGUACUCCUAGUUCGGCAGUAGAGCCUGCAGGGCGACAUCCCCAAGACCUGCCGCUCAAGAGUGGCUGGGUAAUAUACAUCCGGCCGCCGACCAGCAAGAACAGCGACUAUGAGAAGUCCAUUAAGGAGAUAGGCAGCAUGCACACCGCGUUCGAGUUUUGGGGCGUGUUUCGACAAUUGAAGCACCCAAGCGGACUUCCUGCUGUCAGCGACUACCACUUCUUCAAGAAAGGCAUACGUCCUGUGUGGGAGGACGAGGCCAAUAGAAAGGGCGGCAAAUGGAUUAUGCGCCUGAAGAAAGGAGUUGCGGAUCGAUACUGGGAAGAUCUCCGGCUGGCCAUGGUUGGGGAGCAAUUUGACGAGGCGAGCGACGAAGUCUGCGGCGCGGUUGUCAGCGUUCGGUCCGGUGAAGAUGUCAUCUCCGUGUGGACCAGAAAUGAUGGUGGUAGAAAUGUCAAGAUCCGCGAGAGCCUGAAGCGGUUACUGAAUCUACCAGCCGACACAAUCAUUCUAUGGAAAAGCCACGACGAGAGCAUCACCCAGAGACACACCAUUGAUCAGGCGCGACAGGAGAAAGCCAACCAUGAGAAGCGGCGCAAUACAACGAAAGGCGAGGAAGAUCCGGUCGACACCAGAGCAUAG